UUGAUUCACAAUUAUUUUUCUCUCUAGUUUUCACUACUAUCUUUUUUUAUUUUGCUUUGAACUUUUUCUUUUCAUUCUAUCACUUAAAAAAGUUUUAAGUUAAAUAUGAGACGUGAGUAAAUAUGACCCGUCGUGCUGGCGGGUUAAUGAAUGAGGCACAACUCGUUCCAUGCGCCAUAGUGUUCGUAUUUUAGUGUCAUUCUGAUGCAUAAACUAUCAUAUAGUAUUAGAAAUUCAGAAUCAUCGUUAUCUCAGAUUCUCUCAAUCAUAUACAAGUAAUUAAUAAAUCUGCAUGAAUGUAAUUGAUUUACUGCUUCAGAAAUCAGAACCAAUUUCUAACCGAAUUUCUAACGACACCUAUCCCCUCCCCCCCUUUCUCCCUACAGUACUCUGUACAACUCUCUCUUCAGCAGACCCUUCAUUGACUUUGUUACAAACAUUGGGAAAAACACCCCAUAAACAUUUUCUUGCUACCCAUUUCUCUUUUUUUUGCAAGAAAAACAGCCAAGAAAACACAAAACCCCAAAAAAAAAAAAAAAAUUUCACAAGAAAAUGGCGAAACCCAGGUUGUGUUAUGGAGUAAUUUUGAUUCUUCUCACUUUCUUUGGGUCUAUUACAGCACAACCACAAACGCCUCCUGCCUAUCUUCAAUUUACUGCAAAUGCUACUGAAUUCCCUAUAGAAGACUAUUAUGAUUAUAUAAUUGUUGGAGGUGGAACUUCUGGAUGCCCAUUGGCAGCUACGUUGUCAGAGAAUUACAAGGUACUUUUGCUGGAACGAGGAGGAGUGCCGUACGGGAACCCAAACUUGAUGACCCAAGAGGGCUUCUUAAACACCCUUUUGCAGAUUGAUACAUUUGAUUCUCCUGCACAAGCAUUUACUUCAGAAGAGGGUGUGCCCAAUACUCGGGGUCGUGUUCUUGGUGGAAGCAGCGUUAUAAAUGCCGGGUUUUACAGCAGAGCUGAUAAAGAGUUUUAUGAGAAGUCUGGUCUUAGUUGGGAUUUGAGAAUGGUGAAUCAGUCCUAUGAGUGGGUGGAGAAUGCUAUUGUGUUUCGGCCUGAAUUAAGAAAUUGGCAAUCUGCUGUAAGAGAUGGCCUGUUGGAAGCUGGGGUGAAUCCAUACAAUGAUUUCAGUUUGGAGCAUGUUUUAGGAACAAAAAUAGGUGGAUCUACAUUUGAUAGCUCCGGUAGAAGACAUAGUGCUGCAGACCUUUUGAACUUUGCAACAGCUUCAAAUAUAAAGGUAGCUGUACAUGCGAAUGUACAAAGGGUUAUACUUGCCACAUCUUCUGCAUCAGGGAACUCAAAGCUCUCAGCAAUUGGAGUAGUGUAUCGUGAUACGCUAGGGCAUUAUCAUCACGCAAUGGUGCGUGAUCAUGGUGAGGUCAUUCUGUCAGCUGGUGCCAUUGGAAGUCCUCAGCUUCUCUUACUUAGUGGAAUCGGUUCAAGGCCAUACCUGUCGUCAUGGGGUAUUCCAGUUUCCCAUCACUUGCCUUACGUGGGCCAGUUUCUCUAUGAUAACCCCAGAAAUGGAAUCUCCAUUGUCCCGCCAACUCCUCUGGAACAUUCACUUAUUCAAGUUGUGGGCAUCACUGAUACAGGAGCUUACUUGGAAGCUGCAUCAAAUGUGAUUCCAUUUUCUGCCCUUUCCCACUCUGUUUUUACCCGGUCACCAUCUUCACCAAUUUAUCUGACUGUGGCUACAAUCAUGGAGAAAAUUUCUGGUCCAGUUUCAUCUGGCUCACUUCAGUUGGCUUCCACAGAUGUUAGACUCAACCCAAGCAUCAGGUUCAACUACUUUACUGACCCACAAGAUCUACAGUUGUGUAUAGUUGGCUUGCGUAAAAUAGCAGAAAUUCUAAGAAGCCGGGCCAUGGAAGAUUUCAAGUUUACAUGGGCUGGAGGUAGAGAUUUCAGAUUUUUAGGACCUGGACUGCCCAUUGACCUAUCAGAUGAUGCACUGAUGGGUGAAUAUUGUCGCCGGACUGUGAGCACUAUAUGGCAUUAUCAUGGUGGCUGCAUCGUCGGAAAGGUUGUGGAUCCUGAUCUCCGAGUGAUUGGUAUCGAUGCUCUCAGAGUUGUCGAUGGGUCAGUAUUAACUGUAUCUCCAGGAACGAAUCCUCAGGCCACAGUUCUAAUGCUUGGCAGAUAUAUGGGACUGAAGCUGAUGCAAGAACGAAGAGAAUAAGAUGUCACGUUUACUAGCCAAAACAACACUAGUAGAUGCAACCUUUUGUUCCCUUCAAAUACAUAGCAAAAGGCUGCUUUAUGAUCGAUUUUGUUAAGCUGAUUUCUUUCUUCGUUUUUUUAUUUUUUUGUUCAUAAUUGGUAGAUGUAUGAGAUAUUGUCUUGUUAGCUCUACUGAAAGUAGAGCACUGUAGAGGCUUACUGCCUUACUGUACAUGUCAUAGGAGUGUAGCAAAAUGCUCUCUAAAGAGUACCAUUGUGCAAUACAUGUCAUAGGAGUGUAUGGCAAUAGUAUCCAUGCAUCUUAAGCCUAGAUUUUGAUCAUACUCACAAACCCCUAUUUUCUUGCAUAUUUCUUGGUUUUGUUGGUGUAUAGCGAUUGAAAGGCGAGAAUCUAUAGCAGUCGGAUGUGAUCUGUCCGCGUCCAGCGUGAUGUUCUGAUCUUGUGUCAGCCUAUCUUAUUUAAAGCAAUGAACAUGAAGCAUAUUCCAUGAUUCCAUCUCAGAGGUGGCAACUUUUUUCUUA